CCCGACCCGUUGCCUCCCUCCGUGUCAGGAAGGACCUCGCCCCGUUCCCCUUAUGGCCUUCCCCUCUCCUUACUUGCGACCUUCUUCGCCGUUGCUGUCGUCUCCGAGUCGCGGAUCAGCCAUCGCCCGCCCAGGGCCGCCUGCAUUGUGUGGGACGGUGUUGGAGGAGGAGGCAGAUGCGCGGGCGUUGGUGGAGUCGUCAUCCGAGGAUCUACUGCGGCAAUACCUCCGGGUUUUGGAGCGGGCAAACUCUGUUGCGGCUCGGAAGGCUAUAGGUUCGGCAGGAGACUGUUGAUUUUAUGUCGGGGGCAUUGCCAUUGUGGAGAGCGGGGGAGACUCAGGAUCUGUGAGUGUGCGUGCAGCGCCCCGACUGCCGCAGAGCGUCUGUGUAUGACGAGGUUGUUGUGGAGCGGCUUUUGAAAUGGUAUUCGCGGGCGGUGGACUUCAGCAGGGCUCUCUCGAAGAAAACAUCGACGUCGAGCACAUUGCCAGUAUGUCUCUCUUCAGCGACUUCUUCAGUUAUGUGUCUUCAACUGUUGGUUCGUGGAGCGUACACAGUAUACAACCUUUGAAGCGCCUGACGAGUAAGAAGCGUGUUUCGGAAAGCGCUGCCGUGCAAUGUAUAUCAGCUGAAGUUCAGAGAAAUUCGAGUACCCAGGGAACUGCGGAGGCACUCGCAGAAUCAGUCGUGAAGCCCACGAGACGAAGGUCAUCUCAGUGGAAGAAGUCGACACACCCCCUAUCAGAAGUAGCAGUACACAACAAGCCAAGCGAUUGCUGGAUUGUUGUAAAAAACAAGGUGUAUGAUGUUUCCAAUUUUGCGGACGAGCAUCCCGGAGGAUCAGUUAUUAGUACUUAUUUUGGACGAGACGGCACAGAUGUUUUCUCUAGUUUUCAUGCAGCUUCUACAUGGAAAAUUCUUCAAGACUUUUACAUUGGUGACGUGGAGGCAAGCCACGACCCUCACGCUAGUAGGGUGGAGCCGACUCCAGAGCUGCUGAAAGAUUUCCGAGAAAUGAGAGCUCUUUUCCUGAGGGAGCAACUUUUCAAAAGUUCGAAAUUGUACUAUGUUAUGAAGCUGCUCACGAAUGUUGCUAUUUUUGCUGCGAGCAUUGCAAUAAUAUGUUGGAGCAAGACUAUUUCAGCGGUUUUGGCUUCAGCUUGUAUGAUGGCUCUGUGUUUCCAACAGUGCGGAUGGCUAUCCCAUGAUUUUCUCCACAAUCAGGUGUUUGAGACACGCUGGCUUAAUGAAGUUGUCGGGUAUGUGAUCGGCAACGCCGUUCUGGGGUUUAGUACAGGGUGGUGGAAGGAGAAGCAUAACCUUCAUCAUGCUGCUCCAAAUGAAUGCGAUCAGACUUACCAACCAAUUGAUGAAGAUAUUGAUACUCUCCCCCUCAUUGCCUGGAGCAAGGACAUACUGGCCACAGUUGAGAAUAAGACAUUCUUGCGAAUCCUCCAAUACCAGCAUCUGUUCUUCAUGGGUCUGUUAUUUUUCGCCCGUGGUAGUUGGCUCUUUUGGAGCUGGAGAUAUACCUCUACAGCAGUGCUCUCACCUGUCGACAGGUUGUUGGAGAAGGGAACUGUUCUGUUUCACUACUUUUGGUUCGUCGGGACAGCGUGCUAUCUUCUCCCUGGUUGGAAGCCAUUAGUAUGGAUGGCGGUGACUGAGCUCAUGUCCGGCAUGCUGCUGGGCUUUGUAUUUGUACUUAGCCACAAUGGGAUGGAGGUUUAUAAUUCGUCUAAAGAAUUCGUGAGUGCACAGAUCGUAUCCACACGGGAUAUCAAAGGAAACAUAUUCAACGACUGGUUCACUGGUGGCCUUAACAGGCAAAUAGAGCAUCAUCUUUUCCCAACAAUGCCCAGGCAUAAUUUAAACAAAAUAGCACCUAGAGUGGAGGUGUUCUGUAAGAAACACGGUCUGGUGUACGAAGACGUAUCUAUUGCUACCGGCACUUGCAAGGUUUUGAAAGCAUUGAAGGAAGUCGCGGAGGCUGCGGCAGAGCAGCAUGCUACCACCAGUUAACAGUCUUUGGAAAGCUUGGCAAUUGAUCUUUAUUCUCCACGGCAGUUGCUUGUUUGUUUUGGGGUGAAUGACCGAAUGUACUGGCAUCCAUUCUUCUGUAGCCAUCAAUUUUGAACAGUAAGGAGCCACGAUUCGUCUCUGUUCUAUCAUUCUUCUUUCUGCUGUUUCGUGAGGGUUGGUGUCUUAAAAUGUGAAGUACUUUCAGAUUUCACCUCGAGCGAUAUGUUUCUUCAAAACGUCGUACCGGCUGUAAAAUGAUCAUGACCUCUGUAAAAACUUUAAAGAGUGCAUGUAACUGCGAUUAUGAGUGCAUGUAACUGCGAUUCCCAAUA